AAAUACGUAUACAUGAAUAUAAAAAUCACACACCGUAUUAUUGCGUGUGUAUAUAAUGGAGUGGCAUGGUAACACACAAUCCCCCUCCCCCUCACCUUCAAGCAACAAUCUAAGUUACAUUUUAAAAAGUUUUAUAAUUCUUUCUUCGUAAGAAUAGUUAUAAAACAAUAGUAUGUUGAUUGGGAAUCGACAAAUGCAGAGAAAACCAAGCAUGCCGAGGAUUACCAUCGAGGUUGAUGAUAAUCAUACCGCCGGCCAAGAUUCUGACGUGUCUAUGGCGGUGGUAGACGGCGGAGAUAAUUUCGACCAGCGGUUCUUGGCGAUGUUAUCACCGAGAAAUCACACAAGGACCGAGAGAAAAGACUGUGGGAAAUCAACGUUGCCGUCAUCGUCUUUUCUUGGAAGCUGUGGCUUUUGCAAACGCCGUUUAGCUCCCGGCCGUGAUAUUUACAUGUACAAAGGGGAUGCAGCGUUUUGUAGCAUGGAAUGCAGAGAACAACAGAUUGAGCAGGACAGGCAAAACUCCAAGCAGAGCGCCAGAGUCGUUCUAUCACCAUGAAACUAAACAUAUGGAUGGCUCAAAUUAAGCUUUGACUAUUAAAGCUCGUGUGUGUGACUUGAGAUUGUUGCCGUUAUUAUUAAUUAGCAUCAUCAUGUAAAAAUUAGGUCAAAAAUUGAAAUGAAACUCUUUCAUGUCUUGCGUAUUAUUAUUUUUUUGGUGAAACUUGCGUAUUAUUUUUGUUUCACAUUACUUUGCUUCUUUUAUAAAUCCGGGUUUAUUUA